UCGUCUCGCGCCCCCUAUAGUUGUGUGCCCGAGACCAGACGUAGACAUCGCUAUUUCUACUAUUUCAUUUUCCCUUCUACGUGGCGGGUGUUGUCAGAGGAUGAGUAGGUAACCAAAUUUAUCCUUGCAGACCUGUUUCAUUCACAUCUCUGACUAGAAUGGGAAGGGAAAAAUACAAUACAACACAGUUAAACUCUACAGUCCAGGUACUUAGUUUGGAUGAACUCUGUCCGUUCUGAAAUAUUGUAAAUGUGUGCUGGAAUGGAAUGUGCAUAGUAUUCAUGUACUGACCAUUAUGAAUGACGGCAGUAGAUAAUCCAAGUGGAUCCUUCCAUCUGACUUUCCUUAUCAGAUCCAGUCUUAUUUUGUGCACGUUGACAAGUACUGGGAAAGAGCAGACGUUUGGGAAACUGUAACUGAGCGAACCAGAAGUAUGGAUCCAGUGGCAUUCCAAAUUAUUUUAUUACUUUCUGGAUUUUUUAUUGUUAAUGCACAGUAUGAGUCCUACAAUUUCCGAAGUUUUCCUCGGGAUGAGCUCAUGCCUUUGGAAUCUGCCUAUAAGCAUGCUUUGGACCAGUACACUAAGGAAAAUUGGCAGGAGUCUGUUACCUACCUGGAAGUAAGUCUCCGGCUUUAUAAGCUCUUAAAGGACAGUGAGGCUUUCUGCAAUCUAAAUUGCAGUAAAGCCAAGUUGGAAAAGGAGGAUGAGUUUUCAGAGUUUCCAGAGCUGCAUGUGUUUGGGAAUCUCGUAAUGAGAGCCCACUGUCUCAAAAGGUGUAAGCAAGGGCUGCCUGCCUUCCGACAGUCCCAGCCCAGCAAGGAGACCCUGGCAGAAUUUGAGAAGAGAGACCCCUAUAAAUACCUGCAGUUUGCAUAUUUCAAGUCUAACCAGUAUUCAAAGGCGAUAGCUGCAGCGCACACAUUUUUGCUCAAACAUCCAGGGGAUGAAAUGAUGAAGAGGAACAUGGCCUAUUAUAAUAGCCUGCCUGAGGCUGAAGAGUAUUUAAAAGACCUAGAGACAAAAACAUAUGAGACAUUGUUUGUCCGAGCCGUUAGAGCAUACAAUGGAGACAAUUACAGAACUUCAAUCUCGGACAUGGAACUCGCAUUACCAGACUACUUCAAGACCUAUGAUGAAUGCGUUGCAGGCUGUGAAGGGUCCCGGGAGAUCACUGAGUUUAAGGAUUUCUAUCCUUCAGUUGCUGAUCACUACAUAGAAACUUUGGAGUGCAAACUGAAGUGUGAAAUGGAGCUAACACCUGUAGUUGGAGGUUAUGUUGUAGAAAAAUUUGUGGCAACUAUGUAUCAUUAUUUGCAGUUUGCGUAUUAUAAAUUGAAUGAUUUAAAGAAUGCAGUUCCCUGUGUUGCAAGCUACUUCCUUUUUGAUGAAAAUGAUGCAGUAAUGAAACAAAACAUGGUCUAUUAUCAGUAUCACAGAGAGAAAUUGGGGUUAACAGAUGCUGACUUCCAGCCCAGACCUGAAGCUGUUCGGUACUUUAACCAGACCACACUUCAGUUGCAGAUGUAUGAGUUUGCCAAGUCACAUUUAAUGGAUGAUGAUGAAAUGGAAGUUGUGGAGUAUAUUGAUGAACUUUUGGAGAUGCAACAGUAAAGAUUGUUUGGGGACAUUCAAAGAGCUCUUACCUUUAUAAGAAACAUUUUGGUUGUUCUCUGGUAUAAAGGAUGCUGCAUUCCCCAAAAUAAAUGGGAAUUAUUGGAAUACAUGUUGGAUUUGCAGAAAUGUUAAUUUCUUUGCCAUCCAAAGUGCAUUGUGUAAGGGAAUCUUUGUGGUGCUGUAUUUGAUCAGUUGACAUUGCUGUUAGUUUGAAUCUCCACAAACAGCUGGCAGAGAGGCAGAUGUCAUAACACCUUUUUUUCCAGAGUCUAAUGUAAGUGCUACACUGCACCUUUAAAGGCCAACAUCGUCCAUCCCUAAGUUAUUUUUUGGUAGAAGAGUUUUCUGUUAAUUUGUCAGCGGCAUACAUCAUUCAUUGAUUGUUGGUUGCAUAGUGCCCACCCAAUAUCUGUAAUAAUUUUGGAUAUAAAAUACCAGAAACCUGUUAAAAAUUAAACAUGUUUUUCCUUCAAUUCCAAAAUGUAAUUGAUUCAAUAAAGGCAUUAAACAUGUCGCCAUACAAUUGUCUCAAAAUGCCACUGAUGUGAAAUUGUAAAUACAGUUAGCCAUAGAUAAUUUGAGCAGUUCAAUAACAUACUGGAUACAAAUGUUAGUAUUUUCCAAAAUAAUUUGAGUUGUUUUUCAGAGAAACUCAGGGUUCCCUUUGGUAUACUUUAGUAGAUUGUUACAUAUUUUGCAGUUUAUAUGGUACUACAAAAAUAGUUAAUAGAUAUUUUGAAAAACAGUAGAGUUUGUAUAAUUAGUAUAGUUUUCUUUUAUAUAUCUUGAGUAUUUUUAUUACAUGGUUAAGUCAACCAUACCCUACUUACUGGUUUAGUAGGAGUUAUAGGCUUUUCUCAGGUAGUACACGCUGCACAAUAGUUGAUAAACAGUUGGUGAAACUGAUGAGUAGCUUUAAGUGUAAUGUGUACCUCCUAUGGCAGUCCAGCAGUGCAGAAUUAUAAAAAUGUGCUGUAUGUGUUUGGGGGUGUUAAGUAAUGUAUUUAUUUGUUAAUCAGGUAAGUUGACUAUGUUCAAGUGCCUCUUUUAGUCAGGCCCUGGGAGUGCUGACUGGUUGAAUUAACUUGUUCUUAACCUGGAAACCGAGCAGUCAGACCCUACUCACUCGUUACUUUAAUUUUUUAUGACAAAUUAAAAGGCAAAGUAGUGAGCAAUUAAGUCCUGAAUUCAGUUACUGGAUGUACUGUGAGAGGGGGACACUAAGUUGUGCAGAAUGUUUUCCUAAGUAAUUACUGCCAGAAAUGUUCUGCAGUAUCAAUGCUAUCUUUAGAGUUGUGGUCUGCUGUAGUUUUGAAUGAUAGUGGUUUAUGGUUAUGUUAUUGUUAAAAUGUAAAGCACUGAUCUGUGAAGUAAAGUAGCUGCAAAUAACGGA